AUGCAAAGGGUAGGGGGUCAACCCCGUGAGAUAAAGGCAUUUACGCAAUCGGAGGUGGGGCGCACCCCAGGCUUCUCCAUCCCGGUUCCUCUACUCGGAUUCACGGUCCUGCACCCAACACUCCCCGACAAUUCCAAGGGGGUCCCCAAGCGUUUGUUGUUUGUUUUUUUUAACCUCGCCUGCCCCACCCGCCCACCCCAGCGCUGUCCCUUAGGAGAGCCCUCUAAUCCGCAGGACAAAGCCAGCUCGGGGUGCCCCCGGAGCCUCCACCCUUCGGGGUUACCUGUUGCUGCAGGCGCUGCACAACUCGGUCCAGGGACCCGGAGGGCGGGUUCCCACCUGGAGCAUCGCGCCCACUUCCCAGACCCCGAACUUCCCCAACCUCAAAGCGCGACGGCGGGACUCUCGGGACGGCCGUGCUCCCCUAGACCCUGGAGCCCCGCGCUCCCCACCGGCUCCCUUCCCUCCUGCACAAGCUUCCUCGUCCCGAAGGUUUCACUAGAAUUGAAGAGGAGGAAAGCCGAGAGGUGGGGGAAAUGGGAGAGGAUGGGGGGCCGCGUGGGGAAGCAGUUUCUGGGGCGAAGGAACAAGCCCCAAACAUUCCAAAGCCGACACCCGCUCGUCUGGAGGCAUCCGGCCCGUCGCGCACCUUUCCUCCCCCACCCCAGACGUGGGGUCUGGGCGGGACUGCGGGAUAAAGGCUGGGUGAAAAGUCAGUAAGGCCUUGGGAAGGCCUUCUCCCUGCUUCAGGAAACACUGCUGUCAGCUCUUGGAGUUACUUCUCUUUCCCAACCUGCUUUGGAACCGGGGGAUUUCUCCAGACAAUUUUGGUCCUUAACAGGUCAGAGCUCCCCCAUCCCAACAAUAAAGCCCACACCUGGGCCACACUGUGUAUGCCCUA